AUGAAUUUUCAAAACGUCAAUUCUUUAAACAAUCACGCAAAUUUGCUCUCGGGAAAUUUGUUGCCCAUCGGUAUCGAACAGUUUUCAAUACCAUGGCUGAUAUACUACGUUAUUGUCAUGUUGAUCGAAGUGAUUCACACGAUCGCAUUUGUCCUCGGACUCAUCUUAGCGCCGAGUGAAAAGGCCCUGCAGGAUGGUACUGUAUGCGCCGUGAUCACCCUGGAAACGUUUUUCAUGCUUUCACGCCUUUACACACGCAAGACUCUGUUGGAGCAAGUGGUUCUGCAAAUGAACAAUAUCAUGCAAGACGCGGAUGAGACCAUGAAGAACAUCGUCAAGUCAGCUCUGAAACCGAUAACAAAGCCGUUCCUGAUAUAUGGGGUGGUGAACGCGAUAUCCGUCGCCAUAUGGACCGUGCAACCGGUUGCUUUGGCUUUCGAAAAGAGCACUUUCUUUAUGUAG